AUGUCGGAGGACGAUGAGAGAAAAACUCAGAAAUCUCUCGCCGACGUCAAGACGCUCUAUAAAGACAUCCGCUACGAUUGGUCUCAGUUGACCACAGGCGACACCACACCCAUAGAAUUGGCAAUUGCAUUUCUUGACGACACAUCGGUUGGUUUAGCCCACAGGAAGGCAGACUUCGACGAACUAUGUGAAACCACCAGCGAUACUCUCCGGAGAGCGGUUGUGGAGAACCACGAGAUUUUCAAUAACUCGGUUGGUCUGUACCAUAUGCUCAUGUCGAUAGCAAAAGAGUCACAGGAGGACUCUGCUCAAAUCAAAGAGCUCAUAGAGACAAGUACUCGUGAUAUGAAUGACAGAAUGGGUGUACUUAAAGAGCUCGAUAGCAGUUCAGAGAAGUACUCUGAGAUGCUCGAAAUUCUCGACGCUAUUGAAAGUUUACACGCAAUUCCUGAUAAGGUCGACAAGCUUGCUGCAGAUAAAGAGCUUCACAAAGUGUACGAUACCAUUGCAGAGGGUUACAAGGUUGCAGCAAAGUACAACUUAUGGCAACUACCCGCGUUAGCCGGGAUCCAAAGCUUUUUAGACAACCAAUCUAACAGUCUUUACGACAUGAUCGUUGACGAAUUGAGAAAUGAGAUUUAUCUCAAGAACUCCACAAUUUUCAAUCAGGAUAAGGGAUCAUGGAUUGACAACCUUUCUUCGAACAACCCUCAAAUUGCCUCCUUCAAGACAUUGAUUCAACAACUGAAUAACUUGGAGCUGUAUAUUUACAAUUCUGCUAACUUGGACAUUGGCGAAAUUGCUGGAUGCUUUACCGAGCCUGCUUCGACUUUCAUUGAACAUCAACUUCCUAAAAUCCACGCACAUUACUCCAAGUUUCAAGCAUCAAAAGCUGACUAUUCAUUGAUUCUAGAAUACGCUUCUAGCCCUUCUUCGGAGUCGUACUUCUACCUUUACAUGUUGCUUACAACGGCAUCCAAACUUAACAGAUUGGACGCUGUGUUGGAGAUCUUAGUCUCGUCUGUCCAGGUCGAACUCCACGAUUUAAUCAACCGAACUACACAAGAAUGCAAGCAGAGAAACUUACCUCAGCUCGCAAGACUUGCUAAGGCUGUGAAGUUUGAGUUGGGUGCGGGCUCCGACAAAAUUAGUGGGCAGACCUUCAAUGAUGCCGCCGUGCCAAUCUUGCAAGACUUUUUCAGUACCAUUGUCACGAAAGCCACGUUGGUGCUUCUGAAACACAGAGUCAUUUGUGAGAUAGUGAAACAUAUUGAAAGUAGCCACACUGUCAGUUCAACCGCGCGUGACUCAAAUGUUGGUCCUCCAGCACCAAAAUACGAUUUCAAGACCAUCUGGAAUCUACUUAAGAAGGAAAUCGAAUCACUUAUCGUCAGCUAUAUCUAUGAUGACAAUGCUGAAGAGGGCAAUAAGCAUAAGCAAGAUCCGAAUUCAUCCGCAAGUAAGUUGCAUCAAAUUUUGGCCAACAAACAGCUUUUCAAGUUUGAUAAUGUCUCCUUUGGUUCAACUAGCAAAACUACGGAAGACAUGACGAUGGUUCUCAAUGAAAUGUUCCCCGGUUUCAGCCCUAGUUCGAAGAAGGGAUCUAUUCAAGACUCAGAAGUUGAAAUGUCCCCAUACAUAACAAACGAGCUGUUCAAUACCUUAGCCGAAGACCUCGUUCCAAAGAACAUUUUCAACAUGAGAAUUAUCUUGGAAUUCUUCCUCAUUUUUAUUUCAGCAUCUCACGAUAUGCUUACCGAUUUUGGAAAGGUCAAGGGCACGAGCAUGGUAGCAUACCAGUUCUUUUACGAAUUUAUGAGAAACUCAUUUCACAGAAAGCUUCAAACUGAUCUCAAUAUUAACUUUGAGAAAUGCAUGGCUGGUGAAUUUGAUCAGCAUUUGGCAGCCGAUGCCAAGAUGAACAACAAGUUUAACCAAGAGACUAUUACCUUGACCGACGAUGACACUGAAAGCCAGGCUAUUUCCAACUUCUCUCGCUCAAAGUCAUCAAUAAGCAAGGUCUACGUUAAUGCCAGCAACUUCCGCCGCUUAUUCAACCACACUUGUCACUCAUUAAACACAUCAUUCACUUACAGAAGAGACAUUAGCGACCUUACAUUGAAUUUACUAAAGAAAUUUGCUGGUUCCUACAAUGAUUACUUCAAAGAGCUUUUAUCAUCAGGUGUCGGUCAUGAUAUCACAGAGUUGGGGAUUGGCAUAGGUGAGAGGUCCAAGCACGUACUGCAAAUCAACAAAUGGCUCAAGACCCCUGCUCUUUUAGAAAUGAGUGGCGGCAUUCUUCAAUAUCAUGACGAUCUCGAGGGCUGCGCUCCGUUGAUCGAGAAAGAAAUUGAUCUCAUGCUUUUCAAGUCAAGUCACAACCCAAGCAUAUUUGAUAUCACAAAAGACGAUUUGCUCGACGAUGAAUGGUUUGACCAGGUGUGCUACUUACUUCUUACUGCCUCAUGGAUACUACUGUGGUUACCUGCAAUGAGAAAGGAGUCAAAUUAUACCAUCUACGAAACCGGUAACCCAAAGGUCAAGAUUUCUGAGGUUGAUAAAUUGAGGUACGAUUGGUCGAUUUUAGAAAAUGGCCGCUCUACUUUUGCGAUUGCAGAGAAAACGCAGAAUGUAUACUUGACGCUCAACCUGGCAAAGAUUGGCGAGUUUGAUGAAGUUAUUCGAACAUUCGAAAGCAUCAGAGACCAAACUUUGGUGGCAUUGAGAUACGACCUUCGACUUAAGGCUUUGUACUAUAUUGGCAAGUCAUACCACGAGAACUUUGUUCUCGGCACUGAACCUGCCGAUUCUGACCAGUUUAUCGGUCAGUAUAACCGUGAAGUGUAUUCUAUCGGGACCAAGAUAUCCGAGAUGCUUACACCGGCGGAGAACGAUUGUGUCUUUGUUGGAUUGCCCACGUUCUUGACGCGUGCAUUCUUGCAAGGCAGUGAAAUGAUCCAGAUGGCUAAUAGGAACGGUAUCAAGAAGAUUCUUCUUAAUAUUAUCACAAUUCAACAGAUGCUCCGAAGUGUGAUGAAGGAAGUGGAUCAUGUUGACUUUAGCAGAGCAUCCAGAUACUUUGAGCUCUUUACCGCUACUGAGCAUGUACUCCUCCAAAAGAUUGCUGAUAGCAAAGAGGCAUACACUAAGGAAGAAGUUAUCAACUUACUCCGUUUGAUCUAUAGUGAGAAGCUCCAAUCUGACAAUGUGAGCUCUUUCAAUAAGAGCAAGUUCAGCGAACUUUCAAGAAAGAUUGGAGACAUAUUUGCAUAG